AUGUAUAGCGGGAAGAUCAUCGAGUUUGAGAAAGGAUGCAAGUGCAUAGAAACUGGUGUUUUGAAGCUUACAAAUAUUCUUGAAGAAGAGAUUACUACGUCUGAGACACAACCACCCUUUGAUCCUGGAGAAUACAUGGAGCAUUACACAACGAUAUACAAUAUGUGCAUCCCUCCAAACCCUCCAAAUUACUCUCAGAGGCUUUACCAUAAGUAUCAUGACAUUCUUGAACACUAUGCCAACAAAACGGUGUUGCCUUGUAUUCAGCAGAAGCAUGAUGAAUACUUGCUGAGAGAGCUUUCUCGUAGGUGGGAUCAUUACAGAGUUUUCGUUAAGUGGUUAUCCCACUUCUUCCACUAUCUUCAACGUUUCUACAUUUCACUAAGAAACUCCCCAUCACUUCUUGAUGUUGCCAUGAAGUCCUUCCGCGACCUAGUUUACCUUGAGAUACACUCCAAGGCCAAAGAUGUUGUUAUAGCACUGAUUCAUAAAGAACGUGAGGGUGAACAGAUUGACAGGGCACUACUGAAAAACGUAUUAGAGAUCUUUAUUCAGAGUGGGAUGGGAACUAUUGAAAGGUAUAAAACGGAUUUUGAGAGGUUCUUGCUUCAAGACACGGAAGCUUACUACGCACGCAAGGCCUCAAGCUGGAUACAGGAAGACUCUUGCCCUGAAUACAUGAUAAAGUCUGAGGAGUCUUUGAAAAAAGAGAAGGAGAGAGUCACACACUACCUUCACUCAACCACUGAGCCCAAACUAGUUGAGACUCUGCAGAAGGAGUUGUUGGUUUCGGUUGCAAAACAGCUUCUAGAGAAAGAGCACUCAGGUUUCAGUGCAUUGCUUAGAGAAGACAAGAUUGAUGAUCUCUCGAGGAUGUACAUGCUUUAUCAUCCAAUUCCCAAUGGUUUGGAACCUGUUGCAGAAGCCUUCAGGGUUCAUAUUAGUAAAGAAGGGAAUGCACUUGUCAAACAAGCUCAAGAAGCAGGUAACGUGGAGGAUCUUGUGAGGAAGAUAAUCGACAUACAUGAUAAGUACAUGGUCAACUAUGUCACCGCUUGUUUCAAGAACCAUACACUCUUCCAUAAGGCUUUGAAAGAAGCGUUUGAAAGCUUCUGCAACAAGAAAGUGGCUGAAAGCUCUUCUGCAGAGUUACUUGCUACGUUUUGCAACAAUCUCUUGAAGAAUUCAGGAAAUGACAAGCUGAGUGAUGAAGCUAUUGAAGCUACGUUUGACAAUGUGGUUAAGCUGCUUGAUUAUAUAGGUGACAAGGAUCUUUUCGCUGAGUUCUAUAGGAAGAAGCUAGCUCGUAGGCUCUUGUUUGAUAGCAAAGUUAAUUACGAGCAUGAAAUAAGUAUAAUUACAAAGCUCAAAGUACAACAGGGUGGACAGUAUACUUCAAAGAUAGAGGGCAUGGUGAAAGAUAUGGAACUGGCAAAAGAAAUUCAGAACGGCUUUGAGGGAUGCUUAACCAAAAAACCAGGGGGGGUUGAUUUAGCAGUCACUGUUCUAACCACAGUUCACUGGCCAAGUUACAAAACAUCCUCCGACCUCAAUCUACCACGUGAAAUGGCUGAGUGUGUUAGAGUUUUCAAGUCGUAUUAUGAAUUGAUAACCAAGAACAGGAAGCUCGUGUGGAUUUAUUCUUUGGGAACAUGUCAUGUUAUUGGAAGUUUUGAUUCAAAACCAAUCGAGUUGGUCCUUUCUACCUACCAGGCUGCUGUGUUAUGUCUUUUCAACAACUCAGAAAGGUUAAGCUACCAGGAGAUCAUUGAGCAACUAAACCUCAGCCAUGAAGAUCUUGUAAGGGUGCUUCUUUCACUCUCAUGUGCAAAGCACAGGAUUCUUAAAAAGGAACCAGCCUCAAAGAGCAUCUCUACAACAGAUGUUUUCGAAUUUAACUCCAGCUUCACCAGUAACACGCGGAAGAUCAAGGUCUCUCUUCCUCCAAUGAAUGAAAGGAAGAAAGUGGUUGAAUGUGUUGAUAUAGAUAGACGCUAUGCUAUUGAUGCUUCUAUCGUGAGGAUCAUGAAGAGCAGAAACGUGUUGGCCCAUCAACAGUUAGUCUCUCAAUGCGUUGAGCAGCUUAGCCGAAUGUUCAAGCCUGAUAUAAAAAUGAUUAAGAAACGGAUUGAGGAUUUGAUCAGCAGAGAUUACUUGGAGAGGGAUAAAGAAAAUCCGAACAUUUUCAAAUACCUGGCUUAG